CUCUGAAAAUAUUUCAUCCGAAAUUUCYGACCGUAGAGACUCGCAGUGGCUUCUAAGGCUGUGAGGACGAGGCUGCGAAAGCAUGUUGGUGCCAAGCUGUCAGAUGAUGCACGUAGUCAGGCCAGUGGUGGUGCUCCUCUGCUUGCUCCUCUGUGCUGAUGCUGAAACACCACCAAAGUUUACAAGAACUCCCGUUGACCAGACAGGGGUCUCUGGAGGAGUCGCCUCUUUUAUCUGUCAAGCUACAGGAGACCCAAGACCUAAAAUUGUCUGGAACAAAAAGGGAAAGAAAGUCAGCAAUCAGAGAUUUGAGGUAAUAGAGUUUGACGAUGGAUCUGGAUCAGUUCUUAGAAUACAACCACUACGGACUCCACGAGAUGAAGCUAUUUAUGAAUGUGUUGCUUCCAAUAGUGUCGGUGAAAUAAGUGUGUCCACAAGACUCACUGUUUUACGUGCCAUCCCAAAAUCGGUAGAAAUCUGUCAUGAGCAAGUCAACAGAGACCAAAUAGAAAUGUGUUAG